UCUAGUAAUGAUUCUUUGGCUGAUGAUUUGGUAAGUGGAACAAAUGAUUCUGACAUUAAUAAUCUUGUUUCUAGGCAACCCCAACCUCAAGCUAUAAAUGCUCGGGCAGGACUUAGGAUGUGGGUUCUUAAAUCUAUUCAUGGAAGUAGUCCUAAACAAUGUACCUUCGGUUUUGCAGUAAGAAAAGUUAGUGGACGCAACCAAUUUAACCAUGGAUUUUUAACUCUGGGUAGUUGUAUGCAUGGUACUCUAUUGGGGGCUCCAUAUAAUCAAAACCCUGUUUACUAUACUCCUAAUCAAAAUUGGGUGCGACAACAAGCAAUCUAUUUAGCGGCUAUUGCAAAUUUAAAAUAUGACCCUGCUAAUGGUGAUGGAGUAAGUGAUGAUAUGAUAGUUAAUAAUGGGGGAGAAUUAGAGAUGGUAGCGGUUUCUAAUCAACCAUAUCCUCAAGCUGGACUAACUGCAAAUCAAGAACUUUUGGUGGUUCCGUUGAUUGUUCUUGGUCAGGAAAUUCCUCUUGAAUUGCAAUGGUCUCCUAAGGACACUUUUCAAAAUUUAAUUAAGGUUC